AUAAAAAUCCCCUCGACCCAGCCCACCCCGCGUUCGCAUCUCUGCCAUUAGAUGUAUGGACAGCGUGCAUGGGCAGCCUUGUUGGAUGUGAGUCCACCUCCUACUGCAGUUGCACCUGCGGCUCCCCAUCCGCGGCCACCGGCGGGGUGGCUGACUCGCACUCCCAGAACCUGCAUGCGGCUGGCGCGGUGACGGCGGUGGCAACCGCCAACCGCCCUCGCUCCUCGCUCAAGGCAUUUGCGGAGGUGCGCCAGGAUUGGCUUGUCAAACUGCGCAUCACACCCACGCGGAGCCGCCGCGCCGCGCCGCCGCCUUCAGCGUCGGCGGCGCCGGAGCCGGCAGCUUAAGCCGCAAUGGCAGCAUUGGCGGCACCGUCGCCAGCAGCGGCGCAUCUUCUGGCAGCUUCAGCCCGAGUGCGGCGGGUGCAGGGAAGGCGCGCGGCGGCGUCUUCGGCAGGGGCAGCGGUGGCGGCUGCGCAUUAGAUGAUACGGUGGUGCUGGAAGCGAUUGAGGCUCUGCUGUCAGGCAUCUCACCCGAGUGCCUGGGCGCGGCGGGCUGGAUGGAGCGGUGUGAGCGGGCGGGCGGGCAGUAAGCCUGGGCGCAGCGCUGGCGGAGGCCCUUGCAGCGCAGGAGGCGGCUGGCUCUGUGGCGGCGCCUGAGCUCGUGCUGUCGCCUUGAGCGGCUGGCAGACAGUAGUGAGGAGGUAGAGGUAGGAGGAGCCCAGGGGUCGUAUCUUGUUUUCGGGGUGAUGUCUGGCUCCAGACAAAAACGGCCGGAUGGCCGCCGUCUUUUGUCUGGACACAAGGCGGUGUGGGGGCUUCUCCAUAGGAAUUCGGACAAAACCCGCCCCAAACCCGGGCCAACAAAGUCUCACCUCAGACAUUAGCCCCCGAGAGGAAUGUCUAGGAAACGGCCAAAAUGGCCGAUUAAUGUCUGGAGAUAUUAAGAUAGGAGCCCUGGAGGAGCCGUGCCGCUGACCUCUUGCAUUUUGUUAGGAGAGUUUAGGAGCCGUGCCGCUGACCUCUUGCAAUUCGGUAGGGGCCGUGCCGCUGACCUCAUGCAUUUUUGAUAGCUCCGCGACGUUUUUGAGGAUGCUAGACAGGAUCGGCUGGAGGGUGGCACGAGAGGAUAAUCACAAGGGGCCCUGAUGGCAGAAGCGAGUCCUUGCAUGGGCGCCGCAACUAAAGGUGCAUAAAAUGCAUCAGGCAUUCAUGCAGGAUUAAAUAGCUUGAAGCUGUGGGGCAUGGGAACUGAGCAGGUGGUACGGCGGCACUCGGAGUGCUGCCAUCAAGCGUAAGGCCAGCCGGUCACUGAUCAGUGGGUCGUACCUGUCCGUAGGGAAGAAUGUGAGUCAAGCUUGAAAGGGUUGGCAAGGUGAUGCACAAGCAUGCACAAGCAUCGUCGGUAACGGACUGCUGUGGUACGUGUCGGUGCCCUUGCGCAUGAGAGGGAACGUUUGUCGAGUUGCUUUAUGGGCGCAAUGGCUGAGAAAAGGCCACCCAUUGAUCUGACUGUCCCCUCUGUAACAUCCGCAUUCAUUGAUCAGCGUGACUGAGUUGUGAGGUUCCCCGCUUGCCGCAACAUGCAGCGGCUGCAAAGAAUGGAGGCGCAUACACCACGGCGCAGUACGGUAGAUAGCAGGUAGCUACGGCCGGCAGGGGCCCGGCGCAGCCCGGCGUGUCAGGCUUGCCGUGUUGGUGCCUUGAGUCCGCAUAGAUUUGUGUAGGUAGAGGUCCUAUCCAUUUUGCGUAAGCUUACCGUGCUGCAGUUGGAAGUCGUCACAAGCCGGAGUCGGCUUUGCAAGAAGCACAUAAGGGGUGAUGGCGUGAGGUGAUGGGACCGCGCAGCAGCUAGACGUUGAUGCCUCGUGCAAUUUCUGGAGCCGGCAGUCGACUCUGCCAUAGCUACUAAUGUAG